GCAUUAAUUUCUUUUCGGGGAAUACCCAAGAUGACAUUCACACUUGUGUAUGGAAUUAGAUGCGGUUUUUGUAAACAAGUUAAGCAUGUGUACAGAUCUUUCACAACGUCACAGACAAACUACAAAGUGACAGUAAAAAAGCUGAAGGGCAAGAGCUCUGGAUCACAAAAAUGGCUGACACAACAACUCAACGAUCCGUACGUGAAACGUGCUAAGUUGGAAAAUUGGAGGUGUCGGAGUGCCUUUAAAUUGCUGGAAAUUGACGAAAAACAUAAAAUAUUGAGACCUGGAAACGUUGUGAUUGAUUGUGGGGCUGCGCCUGGAUCGUGGUGUCAAGUCGCCGCCAAGAAAGUGAAUUCAUCAAAAAGUGAGCCUAAUCGACCUGUUGGAACAGUUAUAGGAGUGGACCUUCUACACAUUGAACCAUUAGAUGGAGUUACAUUCUUUCCAAAGUCUGACUUCACAAAUAAAGACGUCCAGAAAUCCAUACUUGAAAGUCUUGGCGGGAAAAAAGUGCACGUGGUUUUAAGUGACAUGGCGCCAAAAUCUUCCGACGCUAGACAAUUAGAUCACGAACUAAGCGUGGAGCUCUGUGCUUCCGUUCUGAGAUUUUCUGUGGGAGUUCUCAGACAUGGCGGUCAUUUGUUAUGCAAAUUAUGGAUGGGGCCGGAACAGGACAAACUACAGCGGGCGCUUGACCGGAUGUUUACGACUGUCAGAGUGGUCAAACCUCCAGCCAGUCGAACCAGCUCCUCCGAAAUAUAUUACCUAGCUAAGGACUUUAGAGGCGUGCCUUCGGAGAAGUCGAAGACUUUCAGUAAAACCACACCGGAAGUGUGCAACGACAACGAUUGAGGUCAUGAUUGAUUUUUUAUUUAUUUAAUGUUAAUAAAUUAUUCAAAUGUUCA